AUUGAUAACAAGGGGAAUCGCCUCCUAGUUCACGAGGAGUCUUCCAUUAAUGUUCCUGCUAUUGCAGCUGCUCAUGUUAUCAAGAGAUACAUUGCCCAGGCAGCAGACGAACUCUCCUUUGAGGUUGGGGAUAUUGUUUCUGUUAUUGAUAUGCCUCCAAAGGAAUUGACCACUUGGUGGAGGGGGAAACAUGGAUUUCAGGUGGGAUUCUUUCCUAGUGAAUGCGUUGAACUGAUUAACGACAAAGUCCCUCAGUCAGUGACCAAUUCUGUACCAAAGCCAG